UCCCAGCAUUCCUUUCGGGCCGCCACCAAGAUGGCGGCGCCCAUGUUACGGUCCGUUUCCCGGGGUCGGUGGUUUUGUACCCCAGGCCCAUUGGAACUCUUGCCCCUGGGGCGACGUGAGACCCACUCGGGCGUUAAGGGGUUGCUGGCGAUGCAGAAGGCUCGAGGUUUGUUCAAGGAGUUCUUCCCCGAGAAAGGCACGAAGAUAGAACUGCCAGAGCUCUUCGAAGGUAACAGGGCAGGCAACUUUCCCCAGACCAUCUACUGCGGUUUCGACCCCACGGCGGAGUCGCUUCAUGUGGGGCACCUACUAGCGCUGCUGAGCCUGUUUCACUUCCAAAGAGCCGGACACAACGUGAUCGCGCUAGUGGGAGGCGCCACUGCGCGCCUGGGAGACCCCAGCGGCCGCACGAAGGAGCGCGAGGCGCUGGACGCAAAGCGUGUGAGAAGCAACGCGCACGCCCUACGCCAAGGGCUCGAGACUGUGGCAGCUAAUCACCAGCAGCUCUUCACUGAUGGGCGUAAAUGGGGCAGCUUCACUGUGCUGGACAAUUCGUCGUGGUACCAGGAGCAGCACCUGGUGGACUUCCUAGCGGCAGUGGGCGGCCACUUCCGCAUGGGCACGCUGCUGAGCCGGCUGAGCGUCCAGACUCGGCUUAAGAGCCCGGAGGGCAUGAGCUUGUGCGAGUUCUUAUACCAGGUGCUCCAGGCCUAUGAUUUCUACUACCUUUUCCAACGUUAUGGAUGUCGGGUCCAGCUGGGUGGAUCUGAUCAGCUGGGCAAUAUCAUGUCGGGAUACGAGUUCAUCAACAAGUUGACUGGAGAUGAUGUAUUUGGAAUCACUCUUCCUCUAAUUACAAGUACAACUGGAGCAAAACUGGGAAAGUCUGCUGGCAAUGCUGUUUGGCUAAACAGAGAUAACACAUCUCCAUUUGAAUUGUAUCAGUUCUUUGUUAGGCAGCCAGAUGAUUCAGUAGAAAGGUACCUGAAGCUCUUCACUUUUCUGCCGCUCCCAGAGAUUGAGCACAUCAUGCAGCAGCACGUCAAAGAGCCAGAGAAGCGGGCUCCUCAGAAGAGAUUGGCCGCCGAGGUCACAAAGCUCGUUCAUGGACAGGAAGGGCUGGAUUCUGCUAAAAGGUGUACACAAGCCCUUUAUCAUAGCAGCAUAGAUGCACUGGAGGUCAUGUCUGACCAAGAGUUAAAAGAGUUGUUUAAAGAAGCUUCCUUUUCUGAAUUAGUUCUUGACCCUGGAACAAGCGUCCUAGAUACAUGUCGCAAAGCAAAUGCCAUUCCAGAUGGUCCCCGGGGGUAUCGGAUGAUAACAGAAGGCGGAGUUAGUAUAAACCACAGACAAGUAACGAAUCCUGAGAGCGUUUUAGUUGUUGGACAACAUAUUCUUAAGAAUGGACUUUCAUUACUUAAAAUAGGAAAGCGGAAUUUCUACAUUAUAAAAUGGCUUCAGCUAUGAUGAAACAUCCUUCUGUUGAUUCAGACUGAUCCGUCAUUCAUUCUCAAGACGUGCGAAAGGCUGGCUCCAGAACUUAUACCUUCACUUAUGCAAAUCAAGAGAAUGGAGUAUACUCUAGCCUCACAGUGUGAGUAAUUCUUUAUUUACAUAGGUUGGUCAUUAAGUUUGUGUAAUGAUGACAUAUUUUAUUUCCUGAUCCUUUAAACAUUUAGGACUACCAUCAAAAACUGUGAUUUCCAGGGUCAGUCUGUUUUAAAAAUUAUACUUCAUGAAAAAAGUAAAUGCUGUCUUUCCAGUCCUAUCCUUGUUCUCCUUUUUGGACAUAAAGAGGAACGAUGAAAAAGGUAGAAUGUGGAAUUGCGGGUUCUUUUGUAUCAAGUAUACAUCUGAUCCGUCUCACUAGUGUCUACAUUGUUCUAAAACCAGCAGUGCCUCUAGUGUCCACAUUAGAAAUGUGAAAUCUAGUACUGGAAACUGAUUUUUUUGUUGUUGUUAGGAAGCAAAUAGAGUUCUCCUUAUAAAGAAUAGUUAGAUAAAGCCAUAACUGGAAUGAGAAAUUACAAUAGAAGUAGUUUCUUUUCAAAGAAAAGAUUCAAGUCAGUCAUUGCCUUUUCAGAAAGUUUCUAAUUCCGUUUGCCACUCCCUUACCUGUGUUUCAGUGUAACUAAAUUUACACAAUCUUUUUUUUUCCAGAUUAUUAAGGUUGUGAUAUUUUAUACAUUUGGAAACUUUUAAAUUAGUUUUAAAUUUCAACUUCUCUUUCCCAAGCAGAUCACAACUUGAGAUAAACUGAAAACUUAAGUAACCAAAAAAGUGUUAAGAGGCAAUUAUGUUACCAACCCUCCAAUUACAUGAGCAUAUCAAAAGAUACCCUGGUAAGGGAAGUUUUCAGGUCAAAUUUAAAGGAUCUGAAAAAAUAAAAAAAAUAAAGGUUUUGGUUAUUAAGACUUGGUUAAGUUCUAUAGACAGUAGGAAAGUUAAAUUUCCAGAAGUGUUGCCACAUAUGAAAAAUCAAGGCAAUAGCGCCCGAUUUCCCUGAGGAUCAAGUGAAAGGCUUACAACUUACAAAAUGGUUCACAGUAAAACUUCUCUCAGAAGGCCUUACAGGUGGCAGAACCUGGCUUUAAUGUUCAGGUUCUAGCAUCUGCUACCUGGGUUACUUGGAGCAAGUCACUGUUUUCAUAUGCAAAAACAGAGCUGUAAUACUGCAUUUUGCCAUGUAUAACGUACACCCGUAUACAAUGUGCACAUGUUUUUGUGCGCAGUACACGUGGAUUAUUCCCAUGUUAUGUAAUCAUUAUACCCACAAAUACUGUGCAUCCUUAUUUUUCCCUCAAAAAAACUGCAUAUUACACACAGCAAAAUAUGGUACUUCAGUGAAUUGUUGAGUCUAAUAAGAAAGUCAUAAAACUUUCAUACAAUAUAAACUGUAUUAAACCUGUAUGUUAAAAAGCUAGAAUUUAAACCUUUUUCUGGGACUAAAGUUAGGAAGAAUUCAUUUAUUGAUCAACUUUAAUGUCAUUUCAUACCAGCAGUUUUAUUUACACAGCAAGAACAUACAGGUAUCCAUUUUAAAUAUCAUAGAUCAUCUCCACAUUUCAGAACUUCACUCAGUUGAAGGGCCAACAAAGGUAUUCUUUCCAUACCUUUCUUGCCUGUUUUUCUUUGUACAGGGUGUAUAGUGCCAGAAAGUGCAUUAUCAUAGCAAGUCUUUAAAGGUAACAUUUAAUUGGAAAUCUAUUUGACAUGUUGGAGAAAGGUGCAUUAAAGGGUUUUUUCCCCCCAAAAAUUCAAAAGGCUAAAAUAGUAGUCAUCUGAUCUGUUUGAAAUAAGUAACUCAUGGAUGGCUAUCAUUUCAAAGCUGAUAAUGAUGGCAAAGUAAUUUUAAAGUGUGCUACUUACUAACACAAUUCAGAGUACCAUGUCAUAUCGGACUGAACCCACUUUUAUGUUUGAGAUCAGUUGGUGAGCCUGUUGUUCUUUAGUACAUGGGUAUCACAAGCUAAAGUUAACAGGUAUAUUCAUAUUGCCAGUAGUCCUUUGUAAUUGAUGUAACUUAAAAAGAAUUUAAUAUCUGCAAUAUACAAUUUACUUAACAUGUUACUGGUUAGCAAUAAAACUAGAUUCCUUAAGGAUUUUGACCCUUAUCUUAAAAUUUAUAACAUAUACCAAGAAUCACCUGAGGAGUUUUAAUUGAAUGUAUAUUGUUCUAAACCUCAGCCCCAAAUCCCAGAAUACAAUUUAGUAGUCUGUAAGCCAUUAUGAGUGUGUGUGUGUGCCUGUACGGGUUUUUUUAAAAUAAGGCUCCACCAUAACUUCACAUCUUUAGUCUAAUGUAUUUUACUGUGUGAAACAAAGGAACUAUUACCAACUAAUACUUAACAGAGAAAAGAUACACUUCUAUGACCAGCACAGUAUUUAGUUUUAAGUCUCACCUCCAAGUGAAUUUUGGAGCAUGGUGUGAGUGUCCCAAUUUAAAGAUGUUCCUGAACUACUACUAUACUUGAAAACCAAGGGGAAUUUUUUUUUAGAACCUCUAAAAACCAAAGGAACUGGUUAUCACCAAGUGUUACUAGAUGAUCAAGUCUAGAUGAUUUUUAAUAAAGGGAAAUGUAAUUCAUGCCUUCAGGUUUAAGUAAGAAUCAAAUAUAUUUUAAUGCACUAGGGUAUUAUGGACCCAGGCGUGGAAGAGCUGUGUAGCUAUGCAUUAUGCACACCGCAUCAUCAUCAUAGUUACAGAUCCUCUUGUGCACCAGCUUUCUUACUAACACAUCAAAGUUGCAGAGACAAAACUAAAUCCAAGGACAGGUGGAAUACAGUGAUUAUGUGAGUAAUUUGUCAAUCCCAAUCUUUCAAAGCCAGGCCAGUUUAUACAGUGCAUGCAGUACAGCUGUACGAAAUGUCUGGGUGCGUUCUUCUUGAAGGACUAUGGCAGCAGCUUGAAGACUAACAGGUUACACAGGUCAUCUCAUCCACAGGCAGACUGCUUGUACAGUAAGAACACUAACAUUUCUUUUUAAGUUCAGAGGAAACUGUCAUAAGACAGACUUGAUAUAUUUUAUAUAUACUGGAAAACUUUAGAAACGCCCAUUUAUUAUUUGGAUUAAAUGUGUAAUUCAUUCUGUAAUACACAGUACAGUUUUCCGUUUAUAGCCAGUCUUCAUGUGAGCAGAUUCAUACCACUGCAAUACACAGGAGUUCAUAAAUAAAAAUCUACUCAAGUAGGCAGUAACUAGCAACUUUGAACUCAACAAAGUCUUGGUAUUACGUAGUUCUCUUCACCAAAGAUGAGUCUCUCGGAUUUCAGCAAUAAUUUGACCUGCGCCUUGUAAUGCCUGCAUUAAAGAAGAUAAAAAUUAUAAAGCCAUAUUUAUGAUAUCAAAGAAUCUGAAUAUGUGGGGUAAUCUCUCUGCUUUAGUAUGUAGUUGAUUUAUACUAACCAGUAUCUAUCCUGAAUCUUGUCAAAUAUAAACAGAAAAAAAAGAUUAGCUAUCAUAUGAAGACUAUAGCUGUAUCCAAGGAUUAGAAUGUAUUUUAAAAAAACAGAUGUUUAUAUUUACAACAUGAAUGUGAAAAUUUUAAAAAAUCACAAUACCUUUAGCAUAUCAGCUGCUUCUUUUCUACGCUGUGCCAUGUCCUCAGAUUCGGUCAGAAGGUCAUCCAACAAGGACGACUUAUACAGUUGUCCUACUAACUCACUCUGAAGAGUGUCUUUGACAUGAUUAACCAAAAAAUGCAUUACUGCCUUUGGCACACUGUAAAACAAAACAGUAAGAUGACCCAUUUGAUUUAAAAUAAAAACCUAAAAAUUUUAAAAUGCAUUAUUUCAAAACAGAUUUUGGAAUCAUCCAGCAGUACCAUAGUCUGAUUUGUAUUAUGUACUACUAACCUGUCUUGAAUAUUCUUUCUGACAAUAAGAAAAUAUGAUUUGAUGAGUCGCUCGAUAACCUCACAAUCUCGCUGCUCACGGGCAGAUAGUUUUCGUGCAACAGGAACUGGCUAAGUAGGGUGAGGAGGAAAAAUACUUUUUAGUUCCUUUUUUAUCUUUUGUAGUGUUUUCCUAGUAAUUUGGUUGUCUUAUUAGUCUUCAGCCAAAUUCUCAUGGCUUACCACAUCCAGUAGAUUCACAGCAUGGCCUUUCUGUGGGCUGGCUGGCAUAAUGGGAAUUGGUUUUGACUUUUCCUCAGCUAAUAACUCUUCUGCUUUUGAAGUUUUCAGCAUUCCUCUCCAGUUGCCUGUUGCUGGUUCUUGAACAGCAUCUCCAACCCCACCGCCUCCAGAUGCAACCUGAAAAACAAAAACCAGAUGUUCCAAAAUCUCUAUCAACCAUACCAAAUCUAACUAAACAAAGUUCCUUUUCUUUGAUAGUAGUCAAGGAGAACAUCUAGUACCCAGCAGGAGUUGUAAUGGGGAAAGAGAUGGAGUGGCAUGUAUAGCUGAAACCCUGGGCUAACUAAAUUAAAAGAUUCUACUAUAAAAUGUUUGUAAAAUUUCCAGCAAUAUUAUUUAUUUCCUUUCUUCUUUAGUAUUUGCUGCUUUUCAAAGUUUUUCCUUGUUUCCAAACCCUCUAACACUAGAUUGUAGAAAAAGUAUAAGAUGCCCUUAAAAACGAGAAGACUACUGAUUACAAGCACAAGGAAAAACGAAACUACCGCUCAUCUUAAAUUCUUUAAAGUAACCUUAAACACUGUUGAACUGUAAUCUCUCCAAAAGUUCCAUGAACUCAAGUUACUUUUCAUUCAGUCAAAAAUAUCAUUGGGUAAAAGAAACUUUUAAAUUAAAGAAACAAGAAUAUAUAUACUCGUGAUAUUCAGGCUGACAGUGACUUUAAACUGCCUAAAAUGUGACAUAAACCCAAGUUCUCUCAAUAUCUAUACUCCAGAAAAACCAUCUGCUGGAAGAAAUCUAGUGCUACCACUAAUCAAACUGCUUUUUCACCUCCUUUUUUAGGAUAUCUUUUAGUCUUGAUUUCUGUGAGGGUAGGUGGGGGAGAAGCCAGGAUAAUGA